AUGCCGGCCGCUGUCAUCAUGAACGAUGGCGGUCAUGAUGGCUCGCGCAUCGAUCUAGAUGGAGGCCCCAAGACGAACGGUCACAAUGGGUCUGCCGCCGACGAUACUCGCAACGCGCCCGCCAAGGAAGCGCCCUCGAAUGCCGUCGCUGCCCAGCCAAUCGCGAAGCAGUCGCAGGGCCCUCCAAGGAUGAACGACCUACCGGACGAGCUCAAACACAUCACAGAUGGCUUUAUCCCUCUAUCCCGCCUUCUGAGUCGUCUUGCGCAAAGCACCCAUAACAAACUCCAGGAGAGAAUCAUAUAUUUGGCUGGGCUGCCGCUGCCCUCCAACGCGACCAACGGAAACGCAACUUCGUCUUCCGCAGCGGUGGACGACACCUCCAACGAAAACCUACAGAAGAAGGCCGCCCUGCUUACGUUCGCCCAGGAAGUUCACACAACAUUCGUCAAGGCGCUGGUUAUUACGGAAUGGAGCCGAAAGGCUGACAUGGUCAGCAAGUUGAUUGACAUCAACAUGCAUAUAUUUGACCAAAAGAACCUAUUCCCCGCCGUCCUCGACGCAGUUAUGAACACGCAACGGACUCUUACUUAUGCGCGGAUGCCAAGCCCCGACCUCAAGACAGCUCUGCACGUCCUAUCAACUGGAACUGCCCCAUGGUUCCCUGAUUUAAAUUAUAUCGAGCCUCCGCCAAUCAGCGUCGAAGAGAAAUUGACAUGGAUCAAUGAUUUAAAUACACAUUUGUCGCUUAGGCUCAACCUCGACGAGUUCGACAAAAUCCCCCCCCAAUUCAGAGAUUACGAAAUACGUUCUGGGCGAGUCACGUUCAAGGUUCCCGGCGAAUUUGAGGUCGAUCUUACCAUAGCAGAUGAGGACUUCGAAAAGCAGUUCUGGUUCAUCGACUUCAGGUUCGACUUUAAACCUGCGGCGGCAACACUGAGCGAUUCCUUGCGGAUGAACCUGGAAUGGUGUGUCAAUUCAGCACUGGAAAAGGAUGGCUUGGCCGGUUGUUAUCACUUCCUGCACGAAUUAGUUCUGACCUCCAAGAUCAACGAGAUCAAACGACAGGCACUGCAGUUAAGCAAAGGUUCCUGGGCCGGAACAUUGGUGGUGGAGCAGUUGCAUCGUGCUCUGGCAAUCCAGUACUGGACCUCGCGCACAGCAUCAGCAGGCCUCAAGAGCUGGGUGCUGAUCGCAGUAAACAGUGGGCGGAAGAAGAAUGCCCCCGAAGAUGAGAAGCCAGCAAGCUAUCUGACAGCCAAGUGGUAUCGUGAAAACAAAGAAGUGGAAGGUGUGGAGAUCCGAUUGGACGUCGAGAACAUCUCUGCUGAGAAUCUGUUGCGCCACGUUAUUGGCAUGCACAUUGAGUUCGUCCUUCGUGGGAUCCACGACAAAUUGCUGGAGGCACCGCGCUUUCAGAACAAGCAGGCUGGGAUGUUACUCAACAUCUCCAAAUCCGAUCCAGCUGCAUCUCAUCUCACGACACAAGUUGGGUUCUCCUCUGACGUCACGCUGUCGAUGGAGCCAAUCACUGGAGUGUUUGCUAUUAAGCCACACUCCAAGAUCACAUUCCAGUUCGAGCAUCACCUGAAUAAUUGUCGAGACAUGAUAACGGGAGGCCUGACCAAUGUUGAAUAUGUUCGUUGUUCCUUAUUUGAGGAGAAACUGAGUCGUGAGGGAAGUAGAAACGGGUGGCAUACGGCGCGUCCCCCGAUGUCUAUGGAGGAAAUCAAGACCAUGACCAAAAAGCGUGACUGGACGCGCAGCAUCUGGAUUCAGAGAGAUGGCUGGGAUUCUAGAUGGUUCGUUGCAGUGUUUCUCAGCCUGGGAGGCGAUGAGUGGUGGCUGCUAGAAACGAACUCUGGAGACCCCAACUACAGUCCCCCAUUGCAGGCAAGAUUACCCUUUCACAGAGGGUGUCCAGAUCUUUCAGAUGAAUUCUGGCAAACCUUCACCACCUUCACAACAGGCAUGAUUGCGCAGUCUAUCGACUCGCGCGAGCUAUAUCUACGGCAAAUCAAGAACAAAGCAUCUGCUGAUCCCAGCCAGCCAGCCGGGAAACUCUUUCGAUUACCAGUGCUCGAAAUCGAGCUUUCUACACUAUUUCCUUCUAUGGUACUUUCUUCAACUGUUGGGGGCUUCGGAGCGGGCCAGGGAUCAAGCUCUGAUGCACCGCCUCUGAGACACCUAGCGACCACCAAGUCCCUGGGUUCCCGACAGCCAUGGGCAAAGAAUAUCGUGACUAUCAUGUUCAAGGGGCUACACGCACGAUCCCGACGCCAGGCCGACAGUGGGGCAGAGGGAAACGCCGCGGAUGCGGGUCGCCUUGUUUGUAUUUCUGUUGCUACCAUCAGAGUGCGAGACAAGUCCAAGCUUGCUCAUCUUGGUGGGGCUAUCGACCGAGACGUGAGCUACAGGCCACAAACAGGCGAGUUCAGUAUUCGGAUUCGCCACCGUGUUGGUGAAUCUACGCUCUCUAUACUCAAGUCUAGACUGAUGGCUAUUGAUCGGUUUGUCAGCUUCCUUGAGGCUUUGGAUCAAACAAAUGGGGCGAUUGUUCGUGACACCGCAACUCUCCGCGAGGUUUCAUGUUUCUACGGCCAGGAGCCGUCUCAACAAACUGAAAACAAGGGGCAGGAUGCCACGGCGGGCAGGAAGCGAUGGAGACUUGUGCUGGAUCUCUCCAAGGAUGAGAUCCAGGUCAAGCUUGAAGAGAACAACCCCUCGCUAAGGCUUGUCGAUAUCUUGCAAAGACUCGCAAACCUUGACGGGGGUAUUAAAGCGCUGCUGGCGUGGUUGCCUAUGUCUUUACCAGCCAUAUCAGCUAUUGACAAAAUUGAGGCAGCCUGGCAAGAGGAUAGCAUCGUUUCACAGGGUUUCGUCAGCUUCUCUUUCCGUGCGUUGGACUGGAUCGGGAUACACUACAAGCUGCAUGAAGAGAACAUCCGGCUCUCGUUGGAGUGCUCAACAAAAAGUAGGAAAGAUGGCCUCUGGUGGCACUUGCGUCGCCCCGCUCCGGAUGGCGCUGCGCUUGAGGAUCGGUUUGCCCAGGCCCUUAAACCUAUCUGGGAGGGCAAGGGCAAGAACUGGCAAGGUCUUAUGACUGGUGCUGCCGGGAGGGCAGAUGGUGGUGUAGCCAACUUGCUGGAAAAGGUUGACGACGCCAUCCGGGCCUUGGUAGCACCGAAUGCCGAUGGAGACAAACUAUCCAUUACCGUCUAA